AUGUUCCAAGCGGAUGGCUGGACUUGCGGGUUCUGGGUGGCGAGGUGGGUCGGGCGCGCCUUGCGCGAGAUCCGGGGCGAGGGCCGCAAGCCGCCCAUCGGCGUCACCCGGGCGUGCGCCCGAGGCAACGAGUGGAUCCAGAAGCUGCAGGACGCGAGCGACAACCACUUCGCCACGGCCAAGGCCAAGGCCAAGGCCAGGAGCAAGGGCAAGGCCAAGCCACCGAGUGACCCGACAGCGCCAGAGCCCAAGUACGGCAGCCUCGAGGAGGCACUGGUUGCAGCGCUAACGUGCGCGAAGUGCCUCCCGUGCAAGGACGGCUCCACAGGAUGCCGAGCCUGCAUGGGCGAGUGGUUUGAACAUAUGCGCAAGAGAAGUUUCUUGGCGAGAGCCGUCAAGCGGUGGCGACAGCGGCCAACAGGCCACCCGGCCUCUGCCGCCUGGCCGCCUGCCCGCGAGGAAGCGUGCCGGGUGCAGCCCUUUGAGGCUGCAGGCGCCCGCUGCGAGGGCCAAGCCCAGCCGACGGGUCUUGCCGAGAGACGGGCGAGGAAAACGAGGAGGGGGGCCCGUUUGUCCCGGCUAGAAGGGAGGAGGGAGGCAGCGUACGAGAGGCGAGGGGUCGUGCGCAGCCAAGCACACAUCCGAUCACACCCGCAGGGUAUUUGAAACAGGCAUCAGGUCAAAGCAUACUGAGACCUGUACGCUCGGAUCUUUGUAGCGGCGGCUUGCCUUCAGAAGAAGAAGUCCGAAGGGCUUGAACGGCCGCCAAGAUGUUGCAGCGAGAGAAGCCUGAGCUACGAAAGCCAAGUAGCCCCACCGAGGCUGCGGCGUUCUGAUCGCACUCCUGUCCCUCCCG